ACAUAGUACAUUGGACGUAACUCGUAAGCCAUAAGAAGUCCAGUCCAUCAUCUACGCUUCGCUUGGAACACUCGAUUAUACCAAAUAGAAUGCAAAACCAUAUGAAACAGAUCGUAUCUCUGCGGUUUAGCAUGCCACAGAAAGUGCCUUUGCGCCUUUCUCACCGCCAUUUGCAUCUUUACGUAUUUCUCUUCUGGUAUCGACGACAAAUAUCUUUCAACCUCGGUAUGUCUUUCUCCGCAACAAUGACAGAGAACGCGCUCCAAUCAAGAACCUCGAAGAAAGGCGGCACAAAGUUGUCUGAUAUAAUCACAGGGACACACUCAUAGAAAAUAGAUUCAACCACCCUCGGGCUGUUUACUUCAAACCCUUUUGGACAGAUGCAGUACUUGCUGCUUUUCAUAUGCUCAAUGUAAUUCAUCUUGCUCGCUACACCAAACGGCAUCCGACCGAAGAUUUUCAUUUCCGGGUCUUUGUCUUUCCAGUGCUGCAGCAGAAUUGCACGUAGGUAACCGUGCAUGCUUCCAGCGUAGAAAGCCAGGGUUCGCCUCUGAGAAGGCGGUUUCCCACCCAAAUCACGGAGAGGAUUUUUGGCAGCUCGGACAUAUGUUUCAGGAAGUGAGAUGUCUCUUCCAAUCUUGAAGCCUGCAGUUACAUCUGCAUUGCAUAGAGCUUUGAUGCAAUGCUCCAUGU